GAUUCGAAUUCAUCAGUUCCCAAAAUUUUCACUCAGAAGUUUGGGUGCUGCCCUAAUGCAAAGAUUGAUGAUCAUCUCGCUUUGUUUUCAAAUCAGAUUCAUCCUUUGAUUCUUACUUCCCAAUCUAUCCUACCGGUAUUUUACCCACCAAAAUCAUUUCUAUUUGCAGAUCCCAUCGAGUGUCUAUCAAUUACUCACUAAUACCUAGCGUUCGAAUCAAAAAUUAUUAUUUUUCUAAUUCAUAGAAGUACGCUUUGCUUCGCGUUUGGUUUCACUCCUCCACUUGUCUCUAUUUUUUAGUUUCUUCUUCAGUUAAUUUCGUGGCCUGUAAAAAUGGGUGGAGGUGGGGGUAGAGUAGAGGCAGUUAACAGCAAGGGUUGUACGAGGUUGUUUGGUGAUAUUUCAUUCUCUUCUUCAUUCAGAAGUAUGCGAUCCUUUGAGUCAAUGUCGUCCCCUGCCUCUACUUCAUCCGUCUUGUCUGGAACCCCAGUGGUCGUGGUGGCGAAAUCAACGGGUCCCUUCUCCGGUCUUGUUAUAUGCGUCACUGGAUUAUCCAAAGCAAUUGAUGUUUGUUUCGUAACAUUUGCAGAAUCAAGGAAACAAGUCAAGGAUGCAGCAGAAGGAUUGGGUGGUCAAUACAGCCCCAAUUUGCAUCCUCAAUUCAGGUUGAGUGAAUCACUUUACAGUGUUGAGGGCAUUGGGGAAAAUGUUGUAAUGCAGGGACAUGCCAGGCAAUCUCACAUGGCUAUGGCAUUUCCAGAAAAGGAAUCCAACAGAAGUCUGGGUUCAACUUUUUCUGGCCUUUCAUUUUAUAUCGAUACAGACAUUUCCCCUGAGUUGCAGCAUAAGGUUGUGGAGGCAGCUGCUGUAGAAGGUGCUGAAUUUGUAGAUCAAUGGUUCGUAGGUUGCAAUGUUAGCCAUGUGGUGUGCGAAGGGCCCUCUGUGCAAAAGUAUAUCGGCCACUCUUGUAAUCUUGUUUCACCAGUGUGGGUUAUGAAAACUGCAAGAGAGAAACGUAUGCAUAGGCUUGUUCACAUGUCUGCUGAUAUGGCUCGGGAGGUUGGAAUUAUACUUGAGGAUUCGCAACAUGGUAUUUAUGGAGAGGGGAUUAACGGGGACAUUGGUUCUCAAGCUGCUCCAAGUUCCAGGAUUAAUGCAAGCCAAGAAGAAAGACAAAAGAUUGUGAAUUUGGCCAAAAAUGGAGUUAGAAAGCGGCGUGGUCGCCGUAUGCAGACAUGUAAAAUCCCAAUACGUCCAAUAACCCCAAUCAGCCUUCUGGAUUCAAUCUGCUGGUCUAUAUCUGAGCCAACUUCAACUGCUUCUGUAUACACAGACUCAUUCAUUGUUGAGGAUGCCAGCGAGCACCAUGCACCUGUAUGUUUUGACGCAAAAGGGGAUGGGAAAGAGUCGGAAUCUGCAUUUGUCAACUUCUCUCGGCCGCUAAUGGAAAGUGAGAAAACUGAGUUGAUAUUCAGAAACCAAUUCUUUACCAUACUGUUUCCAGUUGACCGAUUUGCGGAGAUAGGCCCUUGUUCAAGGACUUUUGUGAGUGAUACAGGUUUUACAUGUCUGCAGGUGUUAGAUCAUAUCCAUGCAUUCUAUCAGGAGAAUAUGUCAUGUCAGGAAAUAGAUGCGGCAAUUCACACUGACUCAAGACAUGCUGAUCAGCUCCGAUCGGUGUACUCUAGCAAAGAGACUGAAGAGCGAGGUUAUGUGGCAUUCAAACGAAUUGAUUUCUUGGGGAGCCGUAAAAGUUUUGAAUUGUUGAAGCGUGUUAAUGGGGACAACAAUAGUAAUGUCUAUGAGCUGCUGAUUAGAGCAUGAAACCAUACUCUACUCGUGUUCAAAGCCUUGUGUGUCCUGGGAAUUGGUGGUUAUGAAUGCUCGUGAUCUAUUAGAAUGGCAACUGCGCCAUGCAAUUAGAUAACAUUUCACAGCUUGCUAGAACAAUUGGAAAGAAUGAGGAAUCCAACCACAAAAACAACAAACAAAUAGAGUAAUCUCAGGAAAGAAUGAUAUCAGGUCGGAAGGGAUAUUGGAUAUCCAAUUCUGAUUGAAGAAAUCUGAAACUAGGCGAAGCGAUCCAUUGAGCAGCUGUAUUAGCUGUCCGACGAAUCCUGUAAUGCUUCAAAUCCAUGUCUGAGGCAAGGUAUCUUGAUGUGUCUUUAACAAUGGCAGAACAUCCCAUGGGCCACAAACUCUGUAAUGCUUCAAAUCCAUGUUGAAGGCAAGGUAUCUUGAUGUCUUUAACCACGGCUGAGCAUCCCGUGGGCCGCAAACUCAGACACUAAGCAAGACUAUCAAAGCUGCUUCAUUGUGUAACCUAGUACCUACUCGGCCAGUUACUUUAGAAUAAGACAUUUUAAUUUCUGCUUUUCUGUGUUAUAGAAAGAUACUGAAGGCAUCGACGAUCAAAAAACUGAUUGUUUAUUUGCGUAUGUACUCCAUCGUAUUGAUAAUGAGCAAUUGUCCAAUGAUUCAAAGUUAAUGAACUUGCCGAGCGCAAUUGUACAA